GACCAAAGAAAAGUCCAAAUCUUUCAAACCUGCAAGUAUAGGGCAGGUGCAAAGAGUUGCUCUUUGGUGGAGCCGCCCCUGGAGUAGCCUGCUGUUACAGCAGCCGUCACAGAUAAGGCCAGCAUUCUCACGUGUGACCUUGUGGUUUUGGGAUGAUGUUGUGUCGCAUGGCUUUAAGGAAAAUAGUGAAGGUAGUGAAGAUUGUGGAAAUGGUGAAGGAAGUCGACAGUGUUUGAAAAUAUCGUGAAGAUAGUCGACAGUAUUGAUUAAUCUGCCUGUGUUUAUAUUUCUUCCCGAACGGUUUGGUGUAUUACUAUCAUUCAUGCUAAUCUUUUGGUUAUUAUCGUUAAGAUAUUUUGUUGUUGAUUGUGCUUUGUUGCCAUUGGUUAUGGCAAAAUCAUAUAACAAUGCUCUACAUGUCCAUUACUCAACGAUCUAGUGUCGCCUACUACAUUUUAGCAGUGUGUACAUGUGUACACUUUUUGUGCAUAUUUUUAGUGCGUAUUUGUAUAAAAUUUUCGUUUAUGGUAAAGGUGUGCAUUUUAAAAAAGAUUGUGUUUGUUUAUAUGAGUCUGUGUGUAAGUUUAUGCAUGUUCUUUGGUGUGUAGUUAGUUUCUUUAUUAUCCUUAUGUUUUACAUGUGUAGCAUUUGACUGAAUGGAAGUGUUGAACUAAUUCUGUCUCUGAGUUUAGGCACAACUUAAUCUAUUUCAAUGGCAGCCAUCAUUGUAUUUUAACAAUUCUAUUUUUCCUUGUUGUUAUUUCAGAUAUGCUUCCAGACAUGCAGCAUCGACGCACGUUUAUUUUCGAUUAUCGCCUCCUGCUAGGCUUGUGCAUAGUCUCCCCUUACGUCCUCUCGGAAACAUUUGGUCAGUCCGAACUUGUGUAUGAGUGGACAUCACUCGAACUGGACUGGCCUUCGGACACUGAGAGGAACCAGGCUUUGAGAAGUGGGACCUAUGUGCCAGACAGAAAUGUCAUAGCUGGCAUUAAGGUUAGAGAUUAUGAUGUAUCUUUGUGCCGGAGUGACCUGCAAAUGUGUCUUCUAUUUCCAACCAUACAACCACCGUUUUCUGUACAUUCACACAAUUCCCCGGAAUGUCCCCGAUAUUGACGAGUAUUUUUGCUCGAUUUCCCUGAACAUUCACACCGUUUCCCAGCACAUUCCUACCAUUGCCCUGUACUCCCACCCCACCCCCCAAAUUGGCCCUGAAAAUCCAUCAUUUCCCAGCACAUUCCUACCAUUGUCCUGCUUAUAAACCACCAAUGUCCUUUUUCACAUUACGACCAUUCCUUAGAACAUCCCUACCAAUGCCCAGUCCAUUCCCACCAUUUUCAGCACAUCCCCACCAAUGCCAUGUCCAUUCCCACCAUUUUUCAGCACAUCCACACCAAUGCCCUGUCCAUUCCCACCAUUUUCAGCAGAUCCCCACCAAUGCCCUGUCCAUUCCCACCAUUUUUCAGCAGAUCCCCACCAAUGCCCUGUCCAUUCCCACCAUUUUUCAGCAGAUCCCCACCAAUGCCCAGUCCAUUCCCACCAUUUAUCAGCAGAUCCCCACCAAUGCCCUGUCCAUUCCCACCAUUUUUCAGCAGAUCCCCACCAAUGCCCUGUCCAUUCACCCAUUUUUCAGCAGAUCCCCACCAAUGCCCUGUCCAUUCCCACCAUUUUUCAGCAGAUCCCCACCAAUGCCCAGUCCAUUCCCACCAUUUNCAGCAGAUCCCCACCAAUGCCCUGUCCAUUCGCACCAUUUUUCAGCAGAACCCCACCAAUGCCCUGUCCAUUCGCACCAUUUUUCAGCAGAUCCCCACCAAUGCCCUGUCCAUUCCCACCAUUUUCAGCAGAUCCCCACCAAUGCCCAGUCCAUUCCCACCAUUUUUCAGCAGAUCCCCACCAAUGCCCUGUCCAUUCCCACCAUUUUUCAGCAGAUCCCCACCAAUGCCCUGUCCAUUCCCACCAUUUUUCAGCAGAUCCCCACCAAUGCCCUGUCCAUUCCCACCAUUUUUCAGCACAUCCCCACCAAUGCCCAGUCCAUUCCCACUAUUUCCUAGCACACCCCCACCAAUGCCCAGUCCAUUCCCACUAUUUCCUAGCACACUCCCACCAAUGCCCAGUCCAUUGCCACCAUUUCCUAGCACACCCCCACCAAUGCCCAGCACAUUGCCACCAUUGCCCUGCACAUUCUAACCCUAACCAUUAGUAACACAAAAGGCUUAUCUAUGUCACGUGACACAGGAACAUCAAACUCAUCCCUAUUUCAACAGACGGGAUUCCCCCAAUCCAAAUCCACAUAUUUUGUUGUCGCUUUACGUUCUUUUUAAUUUUGGUUGUUAAUUUUGUUUGUGUAAAGAAUCCCAAUACUUAUACUUAGUGAAGUUUUACUUUGCGCGAAUAUUGACCACAGCGUUAUAAAUGGACAUUGGCUUAUUAUUGUAGAAAAUAUGAAGAUUUCGCUAUGAAUAUUCGACUUUAAGAUUAAAAAUUUUUUUUAAGUAGUAAGUUGUGUUUUUUUUUAAAAUUAUUUCUUUAAAAGCAUCAUAGUUUAACAUUACCAUUAAUUUCCACGCAUUUGAGAUGUUUAAAAACAUGGUCUUUGGUGAAUUUGAUGGGAAUUUCACUACAAUUUAGUGACUUAUUGAAAGAUAUCAAGAAAAACGGCAGAUACAUAUUUUAGAAUGUGAUUUCGCCAUAGGAAAGACGGAUUACCUCUACAUACAUAAGAGCCAGAUCAACACACUGAUCGUGGGCCCUUAAUAUAUAGAAGAGGAAGAAGACGCGAAUGUCAGCCCUGCUAUAUUAUAUCAUGAUAUUAACUGUAUAACAACCAUCCGACAACAGUCAUUGGACGGCCUGACGUUCUGUGUUUGGUGUGCAAGUCUUCAACAGAAUGAUUCAUUUCAUUUCUCUCUUGAUGUUUUCAAGCUACCUCCAAGGGAGGCUACUGCCGGCAAAGAAAAUUACACUUGAAUAAGUUGAACUUAUUUCCCGUUUUAAAUUUUUAUAUUACUUUUAGUGGGUAAAUUCCUAUAUUACUUUUAGUGAAAAAAUUCCAAAUUACUUUUAUUGGGAAUAUUCCUAUAUUACUUUUAUUGGGUAUAUUCCUAUAUUACUUUUAGUGGGUAAAAUCCUAUAUUACUUUUAGUGGCAAAAUUCCUAUAUUACUUUUAGUGGCAAAAUUCCUAUAUUACUUUUAGAGGCAAAAUUCCUAUAUUACUUUUAGUGGCAAAAUUCCUAUAUUACUUUUAGUGGCAAAAUUUCUAUAUUACGUUUAGUGGCAAAAUUCCUAUAUUACUUUUAGUGGCAAAAUUCCUAUAUUACUUUUAGUGGCAAAAUUCCUAUAUUACUUUUAGUGGCAAAAUUCCUAUAUUACUUUUAGUGGGUAAAUUCCGACAUUAAUUUUAGUGGGUAAAUUCAUAUAUAACUUUUAGUGGGUAAAUUCCUAUUUUACUUUUAAUGGGUAAAUAGCUGUGGAGCUUUAGUUUUGGGAGAGAAUAGAAAGAAAUCUAAGAACAUUUGCGGUCGCUUUAAAAAAAAAAAAUUCAGCGAAUUUGUUCCUUAAAUUAUUUACUAAUUUUUAAAUAAUUAUCAUGUGUCGAGAAAUACACAAGUUAAAAAUCAUCAGCAUUCGUUUCUAUUAGCACGCGUUUAGGUAAGAAGUAACCUAGGUAAGAAGUAACCUAGGUAAGAAGUAACCUAGGUAAGAAGUAACCUAGGCAAGAAGUAACCUAGGUAAGAAGUAACCUAGGUAAGAAGUAACCUAGGUAAGAAGUAAGCUAUGUAAGAAGUAACCUAGGUAAGAAGUAACCUAGGUAAGAAGUAACCAAAGUUUUUACUUUGUUAAUGUUGUUUUCUUUUUUUUAAACGUAAUUAAGUAAACUAUUUAUAAAACUGUCCACAGGUCUACAAGAAUGACGUCUAUUUGACCGUCCCACGAUGGAGCUGGACAUCCGGGGUUCCAAUUACACUAGCCAAUGUCGUUAUGGUUCAAGGUCAACCAAAACUUCACCCUUUCCCCGACUGGGCCACCCAAAAACAAGGCGACUGCCGAGCUCUCCAGUAUGUUCAGAGUAUGGAAAUUGACCCCAACACUGGACUCCUCUACGCCAUCGACACGGGACGGGUUGGGAUCGGGUUUGGGUUGAACCCCCUUAAUCUGUGUCCACCGAAACUCGUCGUGUUUGACCUGAACACCAGACAGGAAGUGGACAGGUACGAGUUUCCGGAAAACGUCGUCAGCAACGACAACAACUUUCUCAACGACAUCGUCCUUCACUACGUCGACGGGCGAGUCAGGUACGCGUACAUCAGUGACGUCAGUGAAGGACGUCUCCACGUUUACGAUUUCGAGACCCGCUCCUCCCAUAAUUUUGAGGACCCUUCGAUGCUGGCCGAAGGCGGUAACGGAAGUGUCAUACACAUCAACGGUAAAGAUUACACUUUUCAAGUCGCUGUGGACGGAAUCGCCAUCUCCCCAGACUUCAAAUAUCUAUACUUCUGCCCCCUCAGCGGCUACAAUCUUUACCAAAUCCCAACAUCAGCGCUGACCUCUUCUACAGCAACAGACACCACAAAGCCGAGGAUGGUGGGCAAGAAGGUUGCACAAAGUGGCGGGAUCGCGUUUGGUACCAAGCGCCUUUACUUCGGAGCCAUGGGGAUGAACGCGGUGUACUACUGGGACGUCGAGGCGGAUCAGCUGACGCAAAGGGUUGCUACUUCUGGUGUAAAGAUGGCGACUCAGACGGAAGUCGUUCGAAAUGACGCAACCAUGCAGUGGCCGGACACCUUGGCGUUCGACAACCAGGGUUGGUUGUGGUUCGUGUCCAACCGUCUCCAGCUGUUCGUCACCGGUUCUAUGGACUUCACCGGAAGUGAUGGCGCCAACAUGAGAGUCUGGAAAGUGUUCGUCAAUGAGACGGGUUACUUGUGUGACGCGGACGUACGUACAAGGACGACAAUCGUUGGGUAGAUUCGAUCGAUUAAAAACAUUACUCUUUAUUAUCACAUAAAUGUUGCUCUUUUUUUAGUAUCAUAUAUUACUACUAGGGUUAGGGUUAGGGUUAAGGUUAGAUAUAUUAAUGUUUAAUAAUAAUAGUGUCCCUUAGUUAAUUCUUCAUAUAUUGGUUUCUUCGUAUGAAAUUAAAAAAACAAAUUUCAGCUUAGUUUUAAAAUAUUUUUUAUUUCAUAUACAGCUAUUUUGCGUGUAAAAAAAACAGUUUAGUCAACUACAUCAGCAUGUUACAUGAACUAUUUCUUGUUACGCUAUCAUCUGUAUCUACGGUUUCUUUGCCUUACAUUCCAAGGUUAGUUUCCAUUCUUCAUAGUUGCAACGCUCUUCGGCGUUCAUUUUUUACAUAAUAAUUAAAGUCUUGUAACAAUUGAGUUAAAAAUUAAAAUUUGACACAUUCUUGGAUGAAUUCUGUUUUUAUUUUAAUUUAUGGCAUCAUUUAAUUUGAUUUUGUAAUUUUUCGUACCAUAGAUUCAAGUUUUUUUUUUUUUUUUAAAUAUCCAAAUAUUCAUAUUAUUUUUAUUUUUACAUUUUCUUUUUAAAUUAAUGAAGAUCACAUACGAUGCUAGGUGGCCGAGCGGUCUAAACUGUGGUGGUUCGGAGUUCAAUCCCCACCAAAGCCAUCCCAAGCACCCCGGGUGGAUGGGACUCGCUAGCCUUGGACGGCAACCCAUCUAAGAGGGCCCCUCAAAUAUAAGAAGAAGAAGAUAAGAUAUGAGAUUCCUAAAUUAUUCUCUUAGCAAAAUAAGAAAAAAUGUGUCAUAUUUGUAAACGUGACAAUUCUCCUAGGAUAUCUUCUUCGCGGAGGGCCAAGGCGAUGAAGUGCAACACUCGCUUUAGCGACGACAUUUUGACAAGUUGCAGUUUUGAUCUCACUUCAACAGAUGAGUCUUAUUUUAUAAUUGAAUGAACGAACACAUUAAAUAUAAGUCAAUGACAGCGUAAUAGAAUUGUUUGUUUUUUUAAAACAUCUACACCAGGGGUCUCAAACUCGCGGCCCGCGGGUCUUUUGCGCCCGAUAGAUGAUAUUUUGCGGCCCGCUACUUGACAGCAAAGUUUAGUGUAAAUGCGGCCGGCGCGUUUCCCCCAUUCUCAAAUCUAGAACGUUACACUCCGUGACGGUUUCAGUCGAAUCUCACCGACUGGCCUAAUUUUGAUAUUUAUUAUGUUUGUAUAGGUUUCGUUGAGUAUAAUGGUACAAACCGUUAUAAAAUAGAACUCAAAGUUUUUAUUUUAUAGCAUUUUAUGAGACAGACAUGGCCAAAGUGCGGUCUUGAGAAAACAAUGUGUAAUGAAUAUACAUAUAUGAAAAGUUUCAAAAGUCAGUUAGUGUCUAAUGCCCAACCAUAAUUGUGUAAAUGGUAGCAAUCUGUCACAGCAUCAAAGAAUCCUCAUUCAAAUUGCCGCUAAUGUGUACGAGUGGCGAAUGAGGGAAAUUCCGUUCCUGUCAACUUGGUCACUUUCAAAGUAGGUUUGGUCAAAAGGACCUCAUCUACGAUACAAUAAUAACAAUUCCUUCUCCUUCGCAUUAAUAAUUCAUAGAUGUUGCCUGCUCCUGCCUUCUGUUUGAACAAGUUUUAGAUAUUGCCUGCUCCUGCCUUUUGUUUGAACACGUUUUAGAUGUUGCCUGCUCCUGCCUUCUGUUUGAACACGUUUUAGAUGUUGCCUGCUCCUGCCUUCUGUUUGAA